UUUAUAUAUUUACUUUUUGUCUACUAUUUUGCUCAUUACUAAUGCCAAAGAUGAGUGAUUUUCAAAUGCUCCUUUGUAAAUACUGUAACAUCGAUGGCGCCACAAACGGUAACCAUACGUGCCAUUGUGUCUAUACCUACGCACCCAAAGAUUUCCUAGGGAGAGGCAGCUAUGGAAUGGUGUACAAGGGAAAAGCCGCAGAAGGCAGUAAAUUCGAUGGAAGAAACGCCGUUGCAGUUAAACUUAUUCAAAAGAAAGCUGACGGUGGAAGUUCGUUAGGCACCACAGAGGGAUGGAAUAAAUGGUGUGAUAAAUUAAAAACUCUCCUCCGUCUGCAGCAUAAUCAUCUGGUUACGUACCAUAAAAUUACUAUCGAAAGAGAAGAUGCCGUGGUAAAUGCCACUCUGGUGAUGGAUUCUUGUAACCGAGACUUAGCUGCGGUCAUAGAGAAGGAUUUACUUGAUUACAACGCCGCAGUAAAUUAUGCAUGCCAAAUUGCCGAUGGACUAAGCUACCUACACCAGGAUGAUGUUAAAAUUAUGCACGGAGACUUAAAACCGGAAAACAUUUUGAUCCAGUCCAUAGGGAAGGAGAACAAGUUGAUGAUCUGUGACCUGGAUGAUUUUGUUAAAAUCCAGGAUGAAAGGAUCAGCAGCGCUGAUCUUACUACGGGGGUGGGAACAUGCCGCUACAUGUCUCCCGAGUUGUCCCGCUUUAUUAUCAACAAAGACCUGAAGGGAAAUCUGGUUAGACGGCGAACCGAUACAUGGAGUUUGGGGUGUAUUAUUCUUGAUUUAAUUGCAUGUGUUAUGGAUCAGCGUGAGAGAUCGCUGGUCAAAUUACCGGGGAGUCUUAAGGCCAUGGAAAACAUGUCGAAAUUGAAGUACACUACAGCGGUGAUUAAGGGAUGGGUGCCAUAUACUUGGGAUUCUAUACCGUCGGAUAUAGCGCAGUGCAUCAUGCGCUGCUUUACGUACGAUAGGCGCGAUAGGAUAAAAGCCGAAGAACUCCUACAGAAACUGCGAAAUGUUAGGGAUACAUUACCAAAUAAAAUCGCCUUAUUUGUACACCGUCUCAUGGGAGGAAAGACCGGGGUGUCGGCCUAUGUGUUUGAAGCAAGAACAAAUACAAUGGAAUUGCUCAAGUUACCGGCGGAUUUACAGAACAAGGCUUUCGCGGGGCAAGUCAAAGGACUGGACAACGAGACGGUAUUUCAGGUUGUUAGUGCGGAUAAGGUUAGCUGGGAUACGGUUUCGUGGAAUUUACAGGAGCAAUCCUCUAACACGCUUGUAUUUUCGCGUUUGUCGCCCGGAUGUCUUACAAAGGUGCAGAAUAAGAUUUACUUCUCUAAUCGGCUUCCAUGUGCGGGUGUUAAAUCUGAACUGCUGGAAAUGGAUCUUGCAAGUGGCGUGCCUAUCACGAAGCGCAUUGUAUUACCAGAAAAAUUUGCAGAUUUGCGCUUCAUACACAGUGCAGCGCGCCUCGGCCACCGAUACAUAAUCUUCUUCGGUGAAAUCAACGAGGUGAUCAAUCACAAUUCCAUUUUUGCGCUAUGUUACGACACAGUCACCGGAUCGUGGCAACCGUUGCCGAGUCUUGCGGAUGGCCGUCGCGAUUAUGCGGUAGUCGUUGUAGGGACCGAUGUCUACGUUACCGGUGGCAUGAGUUUCAAGGACACCUCCCAGGGACAUCAAACAACAGUCGAAAAAUCGUGUUUGCGUUUACGUAUUGCUGAUGCACAAAUGGAAAACUUACACUGGGAGACACUGAAGGCAGAGCUGGUACUUUCGCGAGUAGAUCAUUGUGCGUUUGCUGUCGGUAACAAACUGUAUGUCUACGGUGGACGGUACGCGGAUGGAUCACCUCCGCUGACCAUGGAGAUGUAUGACACUGAUAACACGACAGCCGGUGCGGGUUGGGUUAGCGUAUCUCUUAAGGAACUGCCUCAGGAAGAUGGAUUUCAAGAAAAAAACGGCCGUGUUGUGCGUACAGUGUGUGUUCCAUUCCAUGCUGAAUCAUCAGGAAAUGUCUCGGUGUUAGCUGCAUGAGCAAGUGCUGCUCCAGAAAUUUACCGUUUGCACAGAUACGAUUGUAUACAGCUUAUGUAUACGAAGUUUAU